AUGCGGGGCCGGCUGCUGGCGCGGCUGCGGCGCCGGCGGCGGCUGCUGCGGCUGCUGCUGGCCCUAGGCGCUCUUGCCCUGGGGCUCUGGGCCGCCUAUCUGGAGCUGGUGGCCACGGCGGGCGGCGGGGCUGCCCCGGAGCGCAGAUAUGAAAACUGGAGGGAGCUGGCUAAGGUUCUGUCAGACACCAGUGUCCCAGGUGGGGACCCAAACCUUCAGUUUUAUUAUCCACAGGAGCCAGGACACCAGAAGCAAGAGCUGCAAAGAGGUGGGAGGAAUAAAUCGAAUUAUGCGGCUGUGGACAAGCCUGUCCCAUGGAUGCCAGAGUUCCAGGGCCAGGCUAAUCUGCAUGUGUUUGAGGACUGGUGCGGCAGCUCCAUUGAGCAGCUCAGGAAAAACCUGCACUUCCCCCUCUUCCCUCACACACGAACUACAUUGAAGAAGUUGGCUGUGUCCCCAAAAUGGACCAACUAUGGCCUCCGGAUAUUUGGCUACCUGCAUCCUUUCACCGAUGGGCAGUUUCAGUUUGCCAUUGCUGCGGAUGACAAUGCUGAGUUCUGGAUGAGUCCAGAUGAAAAGACCUCUGGUCUCCAGCUGCUGGCCAGUGUAGGCAAGACCGGGAAGGAGUGGACUGCACCAGGAGAAUUUGGGAAAUUCCACAGCCAGCAGUCAAAGAUGGUGAGGUUGUCAGCUGCAGGCAGGUACUAUUUUGAGGUGCUGCACAAGCAGGAUGACAGAGGAACAGACCAUGUGGAAGUAGCAUGGAGACUGAAUGAACCAGAAGCAAAAUUCAGAGUGAUUGACUCCCAAUACCUCUCUCUUUUUGCUAAUGAGACACUUUUAAAGAUGGAUGAGGUUGGGCAUAUCCCACAGACAUUGGCCAGUCGCCGGAACCGGCCUGCUGACAGCGCAGGCAGCAAGGCACACCCGGCUGACAUGUUGAAGCUUGACCCCCGGGACACUCUUUACGAAGUGCCUCUGCUCAGCAAGUCCCGUGUGCGCCGAGCCUUGCCAGACUGCCCCUACAAGCCCAGCUACCUGGUGAACGGAUUCCCUCUGCAGCGCUACCAGGGGCUUCAGUUUAUUCAUUUAUCCUUUGUUUACCCAAAUGACUACAGCCGCCUGAGCCACAUGGAAAAAGAAAACAAAUGUUUCUAUCAGGAAAACCCUUAUUAUUUGGAAAGAUUCGGAUUCUACAAGUACAUGAGAAUGGAUCGGCCAGAGAAGAGCCUGGACUCAGGAGAAAGGACAGAGCAGCCAGGCUCCCAGGAGGGGAACCUGGAUGACCUGCAGUACGAGGAGCAGGACGCAGAGAGUACCCGUCCCCCCGAGCUCCCUGGCACAGCAAAGGCAGAGCUGUUGGGCAACGCUCCCAGCAGCGUGUUGGGCAGUGACAACAUUCAUGAGGGCUAUUCCUUCCGGGAGCGCCGUCGGCUCCUCUCAGAGAUGGGUGGUAACGUAGAAGAGGGAAUACAAAGGAGGACAAAGAGGUCUGGUGUCAAAUCAGCCAUGCUGGCCUCUACUAACCGAAGCCUCAGCCAGGUUGGCCUGGAGGGGAACCCAGUAACAAAGAGACCCCAUCUAAAAGCUGGUGUCAAAGACAACUCCAGGAGCCCUCUGCAGCAUACCAGGGCCAUCCAGGCGAGAGCACCUGUCAGAAGGGCAAACCCUCCUUCUAGGACUGUAUCUCAAAGACAGCAGUCUGUUGGCCAUCCAAGGGACUCAGGGGUCACAAUUCCCAAAGGGGUGAGACCUCGAGGAGAUCUCAGCACUGCUAAAGAUGGGCUGCAGCCAGCAGGGACCAUGGCAGCCAGGAAAGGAGGCCCAGUCUCUGGCAAAGCCAUCAGACGCUCUGUGAGCACUGCCAGUCCCAGCCAGCCUGGGCUGCCCCAGUGGCUGAACCAAGUGAAGUCCUACAUUGCUGAGCACAAGGCAGCCAAUGGUGGGAAUGUGGACGAAGGAGAGGCACAGGUACCUUCUCCUGUGAAGGACAAAUCUGGACCUGUGGCAGCAGAAGACGAAGAGGAAGAGGCGGAUGGGGAGCCAGAGGAGGAAGAUGAAGAGGAUUUUGAUUACGUACCAGUGUUCGACCAGGCAGUGAACUGGGAGCAGACCUUCAGCACGAACAACCUGGACUUCCAUAUGCUGCGCACAGACUGGAUUGACCUGAAAUGCAACACAUCAGGAAACCUGCUGCUAAGAGAAAGGGAGGCCCUGGAAGUUACACGUGUCUUCCUGAAGAAGCUCAACCAGAGGAGUAAAGGGCGGUUCCAGCUGCAGCGUAUCGUGAACGUGGAGAAACGCCAGGACCGCAUGCAGGGCAGCCGCUACCUGCUGGAGCUGGAGCUGCUGGAGCAGGGAGGGCGGCUCGUCCGCUUCUCCGAGUAUGUCUUUGCGCGGGGCUGGCAGGGCGUUGGUGGCAAUGAGGAGGAGGAGAGGAAGAUGAGGAGCCUGGUGUGGGGCCACCGGCGGCACCUGAUGGCUGUGGUGAAUGAGCCAGAGCUGUGCUGGCCCCAGGGCUUUUCCUGGAACCACCGUGCCAUGGUUCACUUCGUGGUGCCAGUGAAAAACCAGGCACGUUGGGUGCUUCAGUUCAUCUCUGACAUGGAAGAGCUGUUCCGAGUCACUAAGGAUCCCAACUUCAACAUCAUCAUCACAGACUACAGCAGCGAUGACAUGGAUGUGGAGAAGGCUCUGAAAAGGUCUACCUUGCACAGCUACCGGUACCUGAAGCUGACAGGGAAUUUUGAGCGUUCUGCUGGGCUGCAGGCGGGGAUAGACCUGGUGAUGGACCCGCACAGCAUCGUCUUCCUGUGUGACCUCCACAUCCACUUCCCAGCUGGAAUCAUUGAUUCAAUCAGGAAACACUGUGUGGAAGGCAAGAUGGCCUUCGCACCCAUGGUCAUGAGGCUGCACUGUGGGAUGUCUCCACAGUGGCCUGAAGGCUACUGGGAGGUGAAUGGGUUUGGUCUCCUGGGCAUAUACAAAUCUGACCUGGACAAGAUCGGAGGCAUGAACACAAAAGAGUUUCGGGACCGCUGGGGAGGAGAGGACUGGGAACUCCUGGACAGGAUCUUACAGGCUGGGCUGGAAGUGGAGCGUCUCUCCCUGAGAAACUUUUUCCACUGGUUUCACUCAAAGCGGGGCAUGUGGAACCGACGCCAACUGAAGACACUGUAGCCUUCAACCCCAAAGCUGUUCGGCGGCACCGUCCACCAUCUCAUCUAGAUGUGCACUUUACUGAGGCUCACAGCCGAGCACACAAACUCUUCCUCUGCCUCCAGAGCCCUCUGAUGGGAUGGCACAGCCAGGGAAGGGAUGAUCAGGCUGGCGGAGCGGGAGCUUCUCUUCUGAGCCGUUGUAUCCAAGACAUGGGAUCCAUGUCUGGAUGGGGAGGUGUAAAGGAGAUGUCAACAAGGGAAGGACUCGCGUUUCCUGCUGUGCAGUCUGGUGGAUGGUACAGUGGGAGAGGUGCCAUAUUUCCUGUUGAGUCUUGCACCAAACAAACACAAAUCCCAGCUAAGCCCGGAAUGGUUUAUUUAGAGCAAUGCAGCUUCUCUUUCAAUACUGGAAUGAAAAAAA